CGUGGAAGGUGUGGCUCCACGUGUCGCUAUCGGCGUUCGUCACUACCGAGAUCAAGGACCUCCUACCGUCGGAUGUGUGCGACCGACGGCUGGAUGAGUCGUCAGGCCUGGACCCCUGGAGCCGCAUUGCUGCGAAGACGUUGGGUCUAGCUGAUGGAGGGCUGCUGGAGCGCGACCUCGUGCACGCGUACAAGCUGGUGCAAGUAGCUCGCAACCAUGCCCAAAACAGUGACACGGCGUUCCUGACAGCGGAAGAGCGCGACUUCAUUGCCCGCGAGAGCGCGCUCAAGGUCAUCUCCCUCGAGUUUGGCCCGCUGACGACUAAUUGAGCGGCACGAUCGUUGCAUGCAGUGCAACCGCAUUUUUAAUCGAGCUUCUCGAAGUCAAAUCGAAAGUUGAAGUGCAUUACGGGCCACCUUCGCGCAACAUCGACAUACCUCUCAUCAUCAGUCAGACAUUUGAGCAGCUGUACCGGCGGCAUCAAUCUGCUACGUGGCAGUCGUCGCCACAACUCGAUUCCGUAGCGCUCUACCUACAUCCAUGGCGAUUGCAGCGCGUGUGCGGCGCGUUCUGCGCGUAGGUGUACUGGCCGCUGCCGUCGUGGCAGCAGCGGCAUCAACAACUCAAGCUUCUGUCGCCGACAGCGCUCCCAAGACCUUCCCCAAGGACAUGGUCGACUACCUGCAAUGCCAAGUGUGCCAGACACCGGAGCUCACAGGCAGCGUGCAGGACUCGGCGUGCGACUACGAGACGGUCGACAAGGCCGUGAACGAGCACUUUCACCCGCUGCUGCACGAGCUGUCGCGCCUCACGUUCUUCCGUUACUUCAAGGUGGACCUUGGAAAGGAGUGCCCCUAUCUGCCGUGGCAGGACGACGGCAUGUGCGCCAGCAUCGACUGCGCUGUGUGCGAGUGUCCGUCACACGAAAUUCCGGCGCCGUGGAGCCAACUGGACCAGCAGGAGACGCAGUCGCGGAACGUUGAGAAGACUGGAGAGGCUGGUAAGCCCUGUGACGAGCAGACCGGCGAGAGCACGCUGUCCAAGGUGGAGCGCAAGAACGCGGUAGCCGGUGAGAGCUUCAACGAGUGGGAAGAGGUCUCGAACGCCAAUGUGUGGGCGACUCAGGGCGAGGCGGAGGAAACUAUGACGUACAUAAACCUGCUAGAAAACCCGGAGAGAUACACGGGCUACAGCGGCGUCCAGGCUGAGCGUAUCUGGAAGUCCAUUUACGAGGAGAACUGCUUCACGCCGCCCGAAGAGAGCAAGCUGGACGGCAUGUGCCUCGAAGAACGCGUGUACUACCGCCUCAUCAGUGGGCUGCAGGCGUCGAUCAACACGCACAUUGCCCUGACGUACAAGUUCGGCAACAGUUGGGGGAUGAAUCCUUCUCUGUUCGUUAACCGAGUUGGCAAGCACCGUGAGCGGCUGCAGAAUUUGUACUUCGCUUAUCUGUUCGUCAUGCGCGCGAUCAGCAAGUAUCGUCACGAACUGCUCGCGUACGACUACAACACUGGUAACGCCGCGGACGACCUUCGUGUGAGAGAAAUUCUUCGUCAGCUCCUGUUGGAAGGAUCGGACGAUGCUAGAGCAUCGGGAGUGUCUUGCCCGGCGUAUGCAGAAUGCUCGUCUGUGUUGUCUGGGUUUGACGAAAGCGCACUCUUCCGCGUGCAGGCCGACGGACUAUCGAUCGAUCAGUUGGUGCAGGCCAAGCAGGAGAAGGAGCAGCUUGAGGUGCAAUUCCGCGAGAAGUUCCAGAAUGUGAGCCGUAUCAUGAACUGCGUUACGUGCGAGAAGUGCCGCCUCUGGGGCAAGCUGCAGACCAUGGGACUGGGUACGGCCAUUAAAAUCCUGCUCGCUGAGGAUGUCUCGACAAUCCCGAAGCUCCACCGCAAUGAGCUCAUCGCGCUCAUCAAUGUGGCCAACAAUCUUUCUCGCAGUGUUGACGGCGUCAAAAUGAUGCGGGAGCUCGAGUUCAUCGAGGCAGUGAAGCAAUUCGGCAUCGUUUGUAGCGCCGCCGUGCUGAUCGUUUUAGUGCUGAUUCUCAUCUUCCGCAAGCGCAAGAGUAGAACGCGUGCUCACAAGAAGAAGCAAGAAUAAAUCCUUUGCAAGAUAAAGAAAGCUUGCCAAGGCCAACAACCAACACAUCACAUACAAACAAAAUACAGUUCAUAUUGAUUCAUGCGCAGCUAACUGUUUGCUACCUACUGACACACCUACGCAACUUCCUCUUGUCUGCACGACACAUCCUGGACUUCCUUGUCCCCGCGUUGCUCUCGGCACUGCAUGCAAUACGGCAUCACCAAGUGCUUGACAAAGUUCCUCACCUCGCACGUCCGGAUGUCUUCGUCAAGCACAUCUUUGUCAUAACCAAUCUGCCACGCGAGAUCUUCGCGCGACGGGUCCGCGGCCAGCUCCUCCAGCAGGUCCACAAAGUGAUCAGAGUCCUCCAGGUCCGCGAAGAAGCCCAGUUGCGUGUUCAUCUCGCGCCGGCAAUACAGCAGCCGUGCCAUCUCGUGCAGAUCAUACUCGGGGUGGUACUGCAGUCCCCAGAACUCUCCUUUCAAGUAUCGCAGGCAAACGCUUUGCACCGUAGUGAACGCAUUCGUCGCGAGCAUCAGCCCGCCGGGUUGGAUAACGCGGACCUCGUCCUUGUGGCUGCUGAAGGCAUCGAAGAUCGACGGCUUGCCUUCAUACAUCGGGUGAGCACGCCCCGCCGCAUUGAGGCGGAUCUUGCGUGCGACCCCCAGCUCUUUGCCGUGCCUGUUCUUCUGCACGACGCCGCCAGCCGUGGCCACCGCAAGCUGCAGCCCGAAGCAGCUGCCGAACUGAGGGACGCCGUGGGCGAAGCUCUGUCUGGCAAGGUUCAUCAUCUGCACCACCGAUGGGUCCU